AUGGUUAGAUCAAUGUUAAGUUAUUCCGAUUUGCCUUCUUCUUUUUGGGGAUAUGCUUUAGAAACAACAAAUUACAUUCUAAAUUCGGUUCCUUCAAAGUCAGUACCUUCAACUCCAAUAGAAUUGUGGACUGGGCGCAAGCCAAGUUUACGGCACAUUCGGGUUUGGGGUUGUCCAACACAUGUGCUGAAAGGGAAAGUGGAUAAAUUGGAAUCGAGGACAGAAGUAAUUAUUACGACAAAUGCCAGAUUUUUUGAAGGGGACUAUUUAAUAAACCAUAUUCCUAGAAGUAAACUAGUUUUACAAGAAUUAAGUAAUGGAAUAACUAAUGACUCAUCUCUGGAACGUAUCCCAAAAACCAGUAUUGACAUACCACUGCAUUAUCGUAGUGGGAGAAAUGUCAAUAGGAAGCAGAAUGCACAAGAGCAAUUGACUGACAUCUCACUACCCCAAAGUAGUGGGAGUAAUGUUGAGCAACCUCAGAUUGUUGAGCAACCUGAAAUUAAUCUACAGCCUGCAAUCCAGGAAGAAGUUAAUGAUAUCCCAGCACUGCAAGGUGUGGAUGAUAACAUUGACACUUCAGUUCCGGAAAAUGAUGUUGUGAUUCAACAACCACAAAAUACUGCACCUGUAGUGACUAGUCGUAGUGGGAGAAUUAUUAGAAAACCUCUUCGUUUUUCGCUCUUGGGAGAAUCUUAUGACAGAAUCCCUGAAGAGCCUAACACAUAA